AUGUUAGGUUGGAAAUCGAAAUAUAUGAUCCUGUGUUUUUUACUGGCUUUGAACUUGUCUGUUCAAGAGUUUGGAUCCAACGCUCAACUCAUACCACAAGAUGAAGUGAAAUCUCUACAAACAAUACCAAAUAAACUAAAGAACGUGAAUUGGAAAGUCACAGAACAUUCUUGCAUUGAUGGUAGAGGCUUUGAUAAUGAUAAUGUAGAUGAUGAUACAGUAAGGAAUGUCACAUGUGAUUGCACUUUCCAAAAUAAAACUCUUUGCCAUGUUACUACCAUUUUUCUAAAGGGACAAAAUAUAGCUGGAGCCAUGCUUAGUGAAUUUGGAGAUCUUACUCAAUUAAAAAUACUUGAUCUUACACGGAACUAUCUCAAUGGCUCAAUUCCAACGAGUUUUGCUAACAAAUCUCUAGUUGUUUUGUCGCUUUUGGGAAACCGAUUAAGUGGUCCGAUUCCCGCAGAAAUUGGUGAUAUUACUAGCUUGGAGGAUUUGGUUUUAGAAAAUAAUCAACUUGGAGGACCACUUCCUCCUAGUCUUGGAAAUUUGAGCAACUUGAAGAGACUGCUUCUUUCUUCGAAUAAUUUUACUGGCGCGAUACCUGAAUCAUUUAGCAAACUAAAGAAUCUCACUGAUUUUCGGAUAGAUGGAAGCAGUUUAUCUGGACAGAUACCUAGUUUUAUCGGGAACUGGACCAAGCUUGGGAGAUUGGAUAUGCAGGGAACAUCUAUGGAAGGUCCAAUUCCCCCUACCAUAUCGGAGUUGAAACUUUUGACCGAGUUGAGAAUAAGUGAUUUGAGUGGAUCGUCUAUGACAUUUCCUAAUCUGAAGGAUUUGAAAAACUUGCAACUACUGGAGCUGAGAAAUUGCUUAAUCACGGGUCCCAUUCCCGAUUACAUUGGUGAAAUGACAAACUUAGUUACUUUAGAUCUAAGCUUCAAUAUGUUUACCGGUUCGAUACCAAAUUCAAUUCAGGGAUUGAAAAGGCUAAAUUACAUGUUUAUGACGAAUAAUUCUUUGAGUGGACCAAUUCAAGACUGGAUACUGAACUUCAAAAUUAACAUAGAUUUAUCUUACAAUAAUUUUACAAAGUCUUCUGCAACUAGCUGCCAGCAGCUGAAUCUGAACUUGGCUUCGAGUCAUUCGUCUUCGGCGGUCACUUCACCUUCAACAUUUUGUUUGAAGAGGAACCUUCCUUGUGCUGGAAAACCUCAAUAUGAUUCAUUGUUCAUAAAUUGUGGAGGACCAGAAGAAGAUGUUGAUGGAAAUCACUAUGUCGGUGACCUGCAAGAAAAUGGAAUUUCAAAUUUUGUUCUUAGAAAUGCUGGACAAUGGGCUUAUAGCAGCACAGGAGUGUAUAUGGGAAAUGUUAAUGCAGACUAUACAGCAUCAAAUACAUAUUCUUUGAAUAUUAAUGGCCCGGAUUACUAUAACACUGCUCGGCUUUCCCCUCUGUCACUUAGUUACUAUGGCCUUUGUAUGCAAAAGGGGAAUUAUAAAGUGAAGCUCCACUUUGCUGAGAUAAUGUUUUCUGACGACCAGACUUUUAAAAGUCUGGGAAAACGCAUAUUUGAUGUUUCAAUUCAAGGUUUUAAAUAUUUGAAAGAUUUUAACAUUAUGGAAGAAGCUCGCGGCGUUGGAAAGGGAAUCGCUAAGGAAUUCGAUGUUGAAGUCAACGACAGCACGUUGGAAAUUCACUUAUAUUGGGCAGGGAAAGGAACCACGGCCAUUCCUGACAGAGGUGUAUAUGGACCUCUUAUAUCAGCUAUCACAGUAACACCAAACUUCAAAAAUCAUUCAGAAGGGUUGUCUGCUGGAGUUAUCAUUGGAAUUGUGGCUGCAUCAUGCGUGCUUGUCAUACUCAUAGUCGUUGCCCUUUGGAAGAUGGGUUUCCUUUGUGAAAAAGAUAUAAGAGACAAAGACCUUCUUGAUCUUAAAACAGGUUAUUUCAGCUUGAGACAAAUUAAAGCAGCUACUAAUGACUUUGACCCUGCAAAUAAGAUUGGUGAAGGAGGAUUUGGGCCUGUAUUCAAGGGUGUGCUGUCAGACGGCGAUGUCAUUGCUGUUAAGCAGCUCUCCUCCAAAUCAAAGCAAGGGAACCGCGAAUUUGUUAACGAAAUUGGAAUGAUAUCUGCUUUGCAGCAUCCAAAUCUUGUUAAGCUCUACGGCUGUUGCAUUGAAGGAAAGCAGUUGCUACUGAUAUAUGAAUACAUGGAGAACAACUGUCUUGGCCGUGCACUUUUUGGUCAUCAGGAACAGAAGCUGCACUUGGAUUGGCCUACAAGAAUGAAGAUCUGUCUUGGUAUAGCUAAGGGAUUAGCUUAUCUUCAUGAAGAAUCGACACUGAAAAUAGUACAUAGAGACAUCAAGGCAACUAAUGUAUUGCUUGACAAGGAUCUGAAUGCCAAGAUCUCUGACUUUGGUUUAGCCAAGCUUGAUGACGAAGGGAACACCCAUAUCAGUACCCGGGUAGCUGGAACAAUUGGAUACAUGGCUCCUGAAUAUGCUAUGCGGGGUUACUUGACUGAUAAAGCAGAUGUAUAUAGUUUUGGAGUUGUAGCUUUAGAGAUUGUUAGUGGAAAAAGCAACACAAAUUUCAACCCAAUGGAGGAGUUUGUAUAUCUCAUGGACUGGGCCUAUGAUCUCCAAGAGCAAGGACGCCUUAUGGAGCUGGUGGAUCCAAAUCUUGGUUCAAGCUACUCCACAGAGGAGGCCAUGAGAAUGCUGAGCUUGGCAUUGUUAUGCUCCAACACAUCUCCGACUCAUAGACCAUCCAUGUCAUUGGUUGUAAGCAUGCUUGAAGGAAAAACUCCAAUCCAAGCGCCAAUCAACCGUGGUGAGAGCGGCCACCAUGCAAGACUCAAAGCCUCUGAGUUGCUGUCAGAAGAUAGCCAAGCUCUUGAUUCUUCUACAUUUUCACACGAAAGCAUAGAUCAAAGACAUGAAUCGUCAAUAGGGCCAUGGGUUCCCACCUCCAUAACUCUUCAAAGUAAAGAUGAUUUUUCUUCUAGCAGUAAACUUCCUUGA